CUAAAAAUUAUCUAUUUCAGGGUGAUAGAAACGAUUACUUUGUUAACGACGAGGUUGUUGGAUCCGGAGGAGGAGGAUACCAACGAAAAGCUCCGCCAGCCCAUUCUGGAAGUAACUUCAGUAUGUAUGGUGCCGGACGACAACACUUCACACCCCCUGAUGCGCACACACCGGGCUUUCAAGGAUUUCAAGGAUAUGGACAGUAUGGAUAUACUGGGGCAGGAUAUAAUACCUGGAACUAUAAUCAAGGAAAUAGCUCCCUUGGGAAACGUAACUUUAAUACCAGAUCAAGUUCCGACGAAGAAAAGGUUAAGGAGAAGGAGGAACAGGGGAAAGAGAAGGAGACCUCCAAGGAAACGGAGGUUGAAAACCGGAACAAGGAUAAGAAAGAGGAUAAAACUUCCCUGCAAGAGAGCAGAACUUCUGAACCAAAUCAAGACAAUAGUUCUGGAACUCAACCUUCUUCAAGAAUAUCCUGCCAGACUGGCACAAGUUUAUCAACACCAGCCUCUAGCUGUAGUUUGUCUACCCCUAUAAACUCAAGUCCACCAGCUCAAACCAACAGCCGUAGGAAACAGUACACACCACAGAAGGUUCCCGUUGGACCAGGUGGUGGAACGAUGAGCAUAAUUACACAGAAGGGUCUAAUUUUGGACCAGGAGAAGGACGCAAGUGUACCCGAGAUAUCUGUAACUCCAGCUAAACUCUCAGAGAUCAGCUCGGUGCCGUCGGAGAAGAAAACUCACACAGCUGAGAUCGUCCAUGGGACGACGGAGAAGAACAGGGGAACAGAAGAAGCUGUCACUGGGACGACAGAGAAAAAGACGAUCAGUUCAGAAGGAGAUUUGGCGGAUAAGGACACUGAUGACGAUGUGACCAUGUUCAAACAAAAAGUUCGCAAGAAACGCAUGUGUAAACUGGAAAUUAAGGUUGAGAGUGAUAGUGAUGAGGGAAAGGUAGAUCUUAAAUCAUCGCCUUCGAAAACAAGGUCCGGUGGGAAGUCUCCUCGCCAAUCUAAGCCUCAGCUUCCAACCUUGAACCUCGACCAGGAGGCUGUAUCCUCCGAAUCCAGAUCUACAGAAGAUAGGGAAGCUGACAUGUUGGAAAACCCUGUGAUUCCAAAACUUCGAGAGGAUUUAGAUACUCCGCAGCGGAGACGAUCUAAAGGGGAAAUGAAGGCGUUUCCUGGCGAACAGAAAACAGCCCCUGAACCAGUAUUAGAUUCGAAACCUCUCACAAUCCAAUCUCCAGCAGAUAUCGAGGUUAAACCUAAGAAAGUUGAUGAAACAUUAGAGAAAACUUCUGAACCAUCAGAAACUCCUCGAAGAACAGGUAGAAGAAAAGAUGCGAAGACUCCAGAGAUCCCUAAUGUUGUCAAAGAUAAAACCAAGAAAGAAGUUUUUAAACAAGUGGAAGAAGAUAUGGAAGCUAUGUUUGCAGGAAUUAGCUCUCCUGAAAAGUCGGCCCCCCCUGAACCUGAAAUUGAGCCACAACCUGAGCCUGAGCGAAAAUCUCCGAGGUCAAAACGAAAAUCAGCUCAAACUGCAGAAUUGAAAAUCCGGGAAAACCAGUCCGAGGACUACAAUCUUUUCCAGUCUCCAAUAAAACCAAAACCACUAAAGGAAACCCCCAAAUCCGCCAAAGAAUUUAACACAACAACAAAACCGGUUCCAAACAGUUUUGUUAGUCCUAGAAGUAAACGAUUAAGUGCCAUGACUAAAGUUGAAGUUCCAGUAAUGAAUACAGAAGUAGAAACAAAGGAGGAAAAAGAGUCCAAUGAUUCUAAGGAUGACAAAGAAUCCAAAAAGAACUGUUCAACUGAAAAGAUAGUUCCAGCAAAGUCAUCUGUAUCUAAUACUAAACCUAAGAGGACUGCUAGCAAACCUCUUCAGUAUAGGUUAGUGGAUGAAACUGCUGUAUCUGAAGACAGCGUAGAUCCUACCGAUAUACCUGAAGUUAAAUCCCUGGAAGGGGGCAGAAGAUCAAGGAGAUCUAGAGGUUCUGUAAGUGAUCCAGUAACUCCUGCAAAAGAUGCUGAUUCUAAACCUGAUGUCAUUGAGAAAACUCCUGAAGUUCGUUUGACAAGGAAGAGAAUGGCCUCUGUAUCUCUGGAUGAGUCGGAUGAGUCUGGUACCCCAGCUACCCCGGCUCCAGUCAAGAAAUCAAAACGUCUGAGCAGUACGCCGCAGGAAGCAGAGGUUGUCCAGGGAGAUGCUACAACCCAGGAUGUCUCGACCCAGAAGAAAACUCUUGAAAGGACUCUCUCAGAAUCAGAAUCUAAAGAGGAAUUUCAUCAAUCUAGAACUACAGACAGCUUGGGUAGAUCAGCCCUGGGGCCACCAGAAAUACAAAUUAUUGAAAAAGACGUUGCCGAGAGUUGUAAAAAGAAAGUUAAACUUGCGCCAUCAAAGCAGAAGCAUAAUGAAGAAAAGAAGAGAGGGAAGAGGGUUGAGGAAGACCCUGCUGAGAAGCUGAAGAAGAUCGGGAAGGGUCGGGGGGAGAGAAAGGGUCCAUAUGUACACAUUGAAGGAGAUUUUAGAUCUCCGAGAACCGUGGUUGUGGUCAACUCAGCAUCAGAUGGUGCGGAGUCGAAACAAAAAGGAAAACGAGGAAUUAUUGAUGCAGAACAUAGAGCCAGAACAGCUAACUUUGGUCAUGUAUCCGUUCACAGUAAACAGUAUGACUACAAGACAGUGGAUGACACCUGGAGAUGUAUAUUCUGCCAGCAAAAGAGUCAUUACCGUGGUCUAGGAGACCUAUUCGGUCCAUACUUUAUUCCCUCAGCUUGUAUUAAACCUGACACCUUGGAAAAGAAAAACAGACCUAAACGAAAAUCACUAACUUCAGAGGAUGGAGGGGAGGCGGAGAUAUGGUUCCAUGAGGAUUGUUUCUGCUGGGUUCCUGGAGUAUUCUUAGUAGGUUCCAGGAUUAUGGGUAUGGAUGAAGCUGUAUCUCUGUGUAGAGAGACAAAGUGUACCGUGUGUAAGGAACCUGGCGCCAGUUUAGGCUGCACCAGAACCAGCUGUAGAACUGCAGUUCAUGUCCCUUGUUCCCUUGACCAACCCUGGCAAACUGAUAUAUUCGCUGCCAGUGCAACAUGCCCAACCUGUGUAAAAACAUUAUAACCUUCAAUUAAUCACUCAUAAUAAUCUCAUCUGAUAAUGUAUCAUUUGUUGAAAUUGUAAGCUGUUAGCAAUCUCAUGUUGUAGCUCAUUUUUAAAAU